GUCGACGACGACGAGUCGUCAGGGGAGUUUGAGCGUCACUGACUCGAUGGGAAACCGGCCCCGGUGGUAGCAAGAUGGCGUUUCGCGCGACACAGGCAUAUCGAUUGUGUGUGUGGGGCGGCCGGCAUGGGUGAAGGCCGUUGGAUGCCACAUAAUUUUCGUAACGGCUCUUCGCGAGACUCGAAGCUGUUCGGAUAGAUCGAACGAUGAGCACGAUCGGGAGAUGAUGCCGGGCACGUCUGGCCAGCUGGAAACGUCUGACGAUUGUGAGUGGAACACUUUAAUGGAGGUCCACCAUGAACCGAUUGAAAAAAACUAUCAGCUUCUUGAAGAGAUUGGCAAGGGUCAAUUUGCUAUUGUACGAAAAUGCAAGGAAAUAAAAACUGGUGAAUUAUAUGCUGCAAAAAUAAUGAGAAAGAGACGAGUUGCCAGGGGUGUAGCUGCUGCAGAUAUUGCAAGAGAAGCUGGUCUUUUGGCUCGGUUAAGGCAUCCCAACAUUGUUUCCUUAUACAAAGUGAUAGAUACAGGAACAACAGUUGUAUUGCUUUUGGAGUUGAUUACUGGAGGUGAAUUAUUUCACUGGACUCCAUCUGGUGAAACAGAAGCUGCUCAUGUGGUGCGCCAAGUUCUAAUGGCACUUAGUCAUUUACAUUCCCACCAAGUUGCUCAUCUGGAUAUUAAACCUGAAAAUAUUCUAUUGUCGACACCACCACCGAUGCCUAGCAUUAAGCUAAUAGAUUUAGGUCUAUCGCAUCGACUGGUACCUGGUUCAGAACACAGAGCAUUAUUUGGUACACCAGAAUUUGUGGCACCAGAAAUCGUAAAUUACGAACCACUUAGCUUGGGAACCGAUCUUUGGGCUGUUGGUGUAUUGACGUAUAUUCUCCUGAGUGGAGCUUCGCCAUUUUUGGGCGAGGACAAGCAAGAGACAUAUGCAAAUGUUGCUGCUUGUCAAUAUCAAUUUGACAAUGAAUAUUUCAAUAAUGUAUCCGAGAUUGCCAAAGACUUCAUACGAUCCUUGUUGAUCAAGGAUCCAAAAGAGAGAGGAAGUGCUGAAUCGUGCCUUAAACAUCCUUGGAUUCUCACGGAAUCUGAAGCUCCUCAGGGUCUUGGUGGAGCAAUGAUCAGUGCUGUGAAGCGAGGUUGUGUUGAGGCUGUCUCUCAGUUAUUGUUGCAAGGUGCUCCAUUAAACGUACAAGACUCUAAAGAAGACACUCUAUUGCAUAUUGCUUGCGAGGCUGGCGACGAGGGAAUGACGAUUUUGCUGAUAGAGAGUGGAAUCGACCUGGACACACCGAACAAACAUGGUCUCACGGCUUUACAUGUGGCUGCUCGACACGGACAUAUUAAUCUGGUCAGACAUUUGUGCCUUGCUGGUUGCGACGUCGAUAAGACGAAUCGAGGAAUUCGAGCGGACGUUACUGCGAUCAAAUACGGAUAUCCGGAUAUCGCGAAUUUGUUAGAUAAAUUGCGAAAUCCGAAUCAGCGCGAAAAUUACAUUCGUCAGCUGCAACCGACGCACAGACCGAUAGACCGGCUACAUAUAAGACUUCUUGGACAUUGCGCAUCUGGGAAAUCAUCGCUGAUCAAUUCUUUGAAAGCUGGAUUAUUUAGCUUUGGUUUCUUUCGAAGGUCGAGAAGUCAGAAUUGUAGCGCGAAGAGGGAACCAAGUAUCGAACUUGACGUGACAAGUAAGCACGGUUCUCUCAGCUUUGAAUAUAGUGACAGUGAGUAUGAAGGUACUCAGGGUGUAGAGUGGAGUCGCGGUAAUGUAGGUGGCGAGUGCGUCUUCUGGGAGUUAUGCGGACGUGAAGAAUUUCUGGCGUCUUAUCACUACGUACUUACGUUCCAGCAGCCAGCAGUGCAUCUUAUUACAGUCAGUCUGAGAGAGCCGCUGACUGUUCAGCUUCAGCAGAUAAAAUUCUGGCUCCAGUUCAUCCUAGACCGUAUCAAUCCAAGUAACGUUGGAUUUGCCGGCAAAUGCAGCGACGUAAAGGUAAUUUUAGUCGGCACUUAUGCGCCGGAACCUCUAGCCCCGAAUUCUAAUGGCGGCAAUCUACUCGCACCGCUGUUGCCAUUUCUAAAAGAUUUUACGUCGAUUUUGGGAGAGGAACCUCAAAUGGUAGCACUGGAUGCAACUAAUCCCUCUAGUCCUGGCCUCAAACUCCUCAGAUCGUACUUAAAUAAUGCAAGGAUGGAAUUUCUCGAGGAUGGACCGGAAGUUGCAGAAAGUAUUCUCCGACGUGACGCGCCGCGUGCUGCGGCUACGUACGUGCCCCUGGCGAAUCUUGAUAAACAGAGCGCCUUAGUGUGGACCGGUCUCGCCGAAGCAUGGAGGUCGUACGUGCAAUCCUUAGAAGUGCCUCCGUUAAUGCUCACGCAGGAGGAAUUUUUGAACGAAGUUCGAAAGAUCAAUCCUUUAGUUUGUUUGGAACAUUGUAGACAUCUUGGAUUACAAUUACAGAAUUUGGGAGAAUGCAUUCUUCUGCCUGGCAACCUGAUAGUACUCAGUCCCGAGUGGUUCUGGCAGGAUGUGUUGAAUUGGCAACUGAGUCCCGAUCAAAGAGGACGAUUGGGCGGUCGAACUACCGGCGUUUACACCUUGGAAGAUUUUCAAGCGCGAUGUCCUUGUCCCGCUGCUCAAGCUCUGCAAGCUUUACAAGCGGUCAAUUUGUGUGUUCCGUGUGAAGUGGAUGACGACGAAGUGGAAUACGAAAUACCCUGUUUAAAUCUCGUAGAACGUCUUCCAGGUUUAUGGGAACCAUGGAAACCAUGCUCGAAUGCAUUACCUCACACUGGUUUACGGCUUUGUCCAGAAGAAGCGCCUUUAUAUCAUUUGACAGCGAUAUUUACGCAUUUACAGGCGCAACUGAGAAAGAUUACUCAAACAUGGGAUCCAUCGAAUUCGGAUUUAUAUCAGUGGUGGCGAGGAUCAAAACUGUGUCUUGGACCUUGCGAAAGCAUAAUUACUUUUGAAGAAGAAGAACAUAGUUGCGUCGAAAUCCAAGUUCGCGGACCACGCGGUUCCAGUGCGCAAUGUUUCGCUCUUCUCAGCGUGAUCUUGGACGCGAUGGACACAACCAUUGAAUUAGUCGCCCCGGGAAUGUUACUCGAGAGACAUUGGCUAAGUCCUAGUCAGCUUCGAGAAUACGACGAGGUAAUUCACUCGUGGGCGCCCGCCACAAUCAUAUCGGCUUUAAUCGAUAAAAGUCUCGAAGAGGCGACUCUUAAGAAUCCUCUGAACGACCGACAAGAAACAGUGUGGGAGAUAGUCGGCUGUGGACUGCCGUUGAUGGAGAAUUACGUUCCCGGACCGAAGCAACCCGUGAAAUAUAUAAAGCCCGCUGUGCAACGGCGAUUGGCGCAGAUGUUAGAUCCGCCUGAUCAUCACGGAAGGGACUGGUGUUUACUCGCCGUGAGACUUGGUUUAGGGGAUCGCGUCGCUCAAUUGGAUAGUACAGUGGACAGUCCCACCCUAAGAUUGCUAAACUGCGCGGGUGCAGAAUGCACCGUUGGUUCGCUAGUGCAACAAUUACGAGCGCUAGAUCGCGAAGACGCCGUACACCUACUUCUCACGUAUACGCCAAUCUACGUGCUGUUGAUGUCCGUCGAUUCCGAAACAGGAUCUAAUCUUUCCAGAUGACGAUGUUGCUCUUAUCAAUGGCGUAUUAGCACUUUCUGAAUUUUUUUUCUUUCUUGAAACGCCGCGCGUUUGACGAAUUUAAAGCAUCGUCUUUCUCAUCUCCGCCCAAUGUAAAGUGUACGUUAAUUUACUAAAUAAGUAUAUAUCGUAAUGUAUAACUUAACUUUAUAAUGAUCGAUCACGCGCGUUGCACUUCGAGUUGAGUGAUAUUGAAAAGAGUCUGUGACAUGUUUUCUAAACUAUUUUAUAUCUGUUCUCUGUUUCUCUAUUUUUUUUACUUUGUACUUACUAGCCUAUAAGGCAUUUGUUAAAUUCAUACAUCGAUAUUUGUGGUGUUAUCGUAAACAGAAAUCGAUAUCUUGUUAUACGUUUUUUGAUUUGCAUUAACUAUUAUGCAAAUUUAUACUAUUUAAUACUUAUUUUUAUUUCUUGAUAAUUGCGCCCUGUGAUUGAUAUCGUGUUAGUAAACUUCUUGUUGUGCAGUUUGCGUUUUUCUCGUUAUAUCAAGUUAUUGUGCCAGAGAAGUGAUGCAUUUACAUAUUAUAAUGCGCGAUAUGAUCAUAUUUGAUAAUGAUAUUGUUUCGAGCGAUUUUCUUGAAAAGCUGAUCUUUAUAUAUAUAUGUAUAUAUAUAUAUAUACAUAUACAUGUAUUAUAUCUUGCCAAAACUCUGUCAAUAUGCACCGCUUUUUCAAUACUUCGGAAUAUUUAUGAAGCAUAUAUAUGCGCAAAAAAGUGAUAUAACCAUUCGCACAGUCUAUUACUUUCGAAUAUAUCGUCCAUAUACGUUCAAUGAUUGAACGACCGUAUUUCUAUUGAAUUGUAUUCGAUGUCUUUACUGUGUGCCAUGUGCAAACAUUAAUAAGGGUAUAUAUAAUAUAUAUACUUUGAAGAAAAAGAUUUAACAGUCGCAAAUUAACUCUUUCCAAACACGACUGGACUACAUUACUUUUUAUUGUUAAUAAAAUUUCCAAUUAUGUAAGUUUACUUACGAAUCUAUACUUGUAAAUCUAUCAGAAAAUCGACCUCAUAGAAUAGGCAUAUAACAAUUAAAAAAUGUUUAUGAUUAACAUAAUGAAGUUGCAUCAAAACAUUCUUAGAAUUUCAUUCGCGUAGCUCUCUUGUCACACGCAGCAUCUCAUGGCUUACACGAAGAAGUUGUGCGUUAUAUAAUCUGAGACUGUUGUAAAAAUAAAUCAAUCAAAUUAUUAAAUAUAUCUUUCGCUAGAUUUAA